AGAAAGAAACUCGUCGUGAGAACGAAACAUUUCGUGAGCAAACACAUCACCGCACCGAAAGGAGUAGAAGUGUCACAAAAGUGAAUGCAUUGGAAAGAUAAGAAGUAAUCCCGUUGUUAGACAAUUGAAACUCACAACUUGAAACACUUGCCUCUCACAAUAGUACGACAAUCAUCAAAAAUAUGAUGGCAAAUACACCAUCCACCCGACACCUUCCGCUGUGCGCAGCAGGACGGGGUGUAAUUCCAGUAACGCUAGUGGUGGGAUUGCUUCUCAGGAUCACUACCACAGAUGCUUUCUCCGUAACAGCGUUCCGAUCCGCUUCUCGUCAUCAAUGGCGUUCCGUUUGGACUCAACAAACAAACGUCGUUUUGUUUUCAUCUGUUGGCGAUGGCAAUGGGGGAGGCGGCGGAAGCAAUGACGGCGACGACCUGGGGGACUUUCUCGAUCCGAUGAAGAAACCGGAUUCCGAAAACAUGAAACGUGCUCGGGAAUACAUGAGCGAAACCAGUCUGCCAAUUUCCUUCGACAGCAUUAUUGCCGACGAUGGCACCGAUGCCAUUGAUGAAACCGUUGACGAGAUCGCCGACAAAGCCAACGACGUUGACGCCGAGAGCAAGGAUGUUGAUUUGAUGUCCGAUCAGCCAUCUUCUUCCUCUCUCAUAUCUUCGUCGUCUUCUUCAUCCUCCGGUAGCGAAAACGCAACAUCGUCAACGUUAUUUGGUGGAGGAGGUGACGGCGACGGUGAACUCAGUCCGCCUUCUCCCAGCUUGUUGGCUAAAAAUCCUUACAUGCAGGUCGUAUCCAAAAUCAGUCCCUCGGACCUGAUUUCGAAAUUUACAGCAGAGUCCGAUCCGAGGGUGCAGGAGGCCGUCCGAACUACAAUUUUGGGGCUGAUCGGCUCGCUGCCGAAAAUGGCCUUUGAAACGACGAGCAUCACAACGGGGCAGCGACUAGCGAGCCUGGUACGUGGAACGAAAUACAAACAUACCGGCACGACGUGCUGUUAGGAUCUCUCAGCGCUGUUGGUUGAAAGAUGCGAAUUCAAUUGAGGAAAUUUUAGUCUUGAUUUCUCACACAAUGCAUUAUUUUAUGAUCCUUUUUUGAAAUUUGUGGUACCUAAUUUCGCGGGAUGAAUUAUUUUUGUGCCGUUUCGGUUUUUUGUCCGACUUAUGACGCUCCAGAUGUUUCAACUCCAAAUGACGGGAUACAUGUUCAAGAACGCUGAAUAUCGUCUAUCGAUGAGUCAGUCUUUAGGUAUGUCUAGUAGUCUCUCAUCUAAUUUUAUGUUGAAGGGUGUUGAGGAAGAACUACCCGACAAAGAGGACGAUCCCUUAGUUUCUGGUAAAAUUAAGGGGAAGCUCAAAAUUCGAUAUAGAAAGAGAGAUGCAGACACUGACACAGAAGAAGUAGCAAAAACAACUGCGAGUGACGACGUUGAAGCCGAGGACGGUAUGGAAAUCGAAGUCGACGCUGCCGCCUACAUGUCGGAAUUGCGAGAUGAGGUUUCUAGGUUGCGCGAUGAAUUGACCGAAAAGAAAGAAACGAAGGACGAGGCGCUUAAGCAAGAUCUCCUGCUCUACAUUCGCACCCUUCCGGCUCAAGAACUCAAAUCCCUCACCAAUACCAUGAGUCAAGACGUUUUGGUCUGCAUGAAAGGUUUGGUUCAAGCUGUUCUGGCAGGAAUCGGAGACGGAAAAAUCGGCCCCGACACAGUAACAGAGCAAUCAGGUGAAGCAAUGGCGCAGCUCUGUAUGUGGCAGCUAGCAGUAGGCUACAAUCUCAGAGAGUUAGAGGUUCGAGAAGAGAUGAAGAAGAAUAUGAUGAGUUUGAUGGGAGACUCCUCCGCUGACGAUUCGGGCUUGUCGGAUCUUGGGGCAUUUGAAUAAGUCGGGUUUCUUGAGCAUAUUUUUCAACAACCAAUUCGAAACGAGAAACUCGAGCACCAUUUGUACCGGUUUGGAGUUUUGAGAAAGAAUUACAGAAAGCGGAAACACAGUCAGAUAUGCAUGUAUCUAGAUUACAUUCUUUUGAUAUAUUCUCCAAUACACGACCCACAGCCGAGGCACAGCUGGUGUGACAACUGAUUUUACAGGAGGACUCUUUGAUUUGAUUUUCAAAUGAUCAAAAAAACAAAUAUGAUUAAAUUGAAUUUAUGACAAUUAAUCCAUUUGAAAAAUGCUUUAACUAGCUUGAUAAGAAAUGUUCAAAAGCUUGAAGGGCUUCAUGUUUCGUAUGCAUUACACUCACUAAUCUGCUUUGCUGCAGUUACACUAACAAUUUAUGGAUUACUCACUCUCUCAUACUGGCUUUUCCCAAAUCAAUUGUUCUCAUUGUCGUACCAAGUAAAUUAUGAAACAUCAUUUGUUGCCUGGUUGUUCGCCAUACGUCAACAAUAGUCUAUGACAUACAAUUUUUCCUGAACGUGGCAGAUUUCUUGUGACAUAACAUGCGUUUCAGACACGUUUUGAAACUCAAUGUAAGCUUCUCCGCCCGUUGAAGUUCUUUUUCACCACUCUUCUUUCUUGCGAUAAAAAGAUUUUAUAUCGACGGUCUCCAUCCAUUCAUUUCUGAUGCUGAACAUUACCUCCUGGAUACGAUUCACUAGUGUCUCUUCGACAUUUUUCCUAUUUCAUUGUAUACAGAUAAUAUGAGGCCUUGAACUCAAACAUCAUCACAAUGAAAUCUCUCACCAGACUACUUCAUUUAUAUUGCAAGCGGUUUGGAAUCUUAAACUAAUAGCUCCUCUGUUUUCACGAAUAUACCUUGAGUUGGCGCUGCUGUAUUUGGUGGAGGAGUUGUCGGUUGUUUGGUAGGCCUUGGUCUUUUGGUCGGCUUCCUUGAAGGCCUCUUCGUACGAGGGGCUUUUGUUGGUAUCCGAGUUGGCCGAUGAGUAGGACGAGGAGUUGGUGGAUAGGUAGGAUAACGAGUUGGGCGCUUGCUUGGUCGUCCUGUUGGGGAUAACGACGGGGAUAACGACGGCGACUCACUUGCUUCACCUGGUUCAAGUUCAACAUAUAUAUCCCAUACACCCUGUGCUUGAAGUGCGUUCUCAAACGACAAGUCUACAACACUGGCCACAAAAUUGUCUUCUAUAGCCUGUCUAACCUGUCGGUCUACCGAAAAGAUGGUAGUAAGGCACUUGGCACAUGUUUUGUCCGAAAGAUCUAUAGGUGCUGGAAAGGUGCUAACGUCGCAGUCCAUGAGGUCGCAACCUGUAUCCACCUGAAGGUCAUUCACACCCCCUGAAGAAAAUAAUUUUCUUUGUGACUGUGACCACCCAGCAAUCAUCACUCUAACAACUUGUACGUAUUUGAUCUGAACUUUAGAUAAUGUGUUCCUGACAUUAAAAGCAUUAUCUGUCGAUAAAGUAAAUAAUGGCGGUAAAGAAGGAGCAGGCGAUGGAUGCAUUGAUUGACUUGGAGCCGUCGAAGGUGCAGCCGAUGGAGCUGUUGAAGGUGGUGAAGGUAUUGGAAAUGAAAGGCAGGCAUUGCAUUUUCUGGGGCAAUGGUAGGAAAUUGGAUCUCCAUUGUCAGCCCUCAAAUUGCAUUCCGAAGUUUCGAGAAAUUUGCAGCUUUGGAAUCUGCCAUUGUACUUAUACUUGUUUGAAUUGACGCAAGCACAUCUCACGUUGCAAGCAGAAGGACAGGCAUCUUUGAUUCUCUUCUUGGUUCCUUUAAUCUUCCUAUUGCAUCUGAUAUUUAGCUUUUCCCUCGCCCAAUCACAAUUUUUAUAGCUAUUGCCUUUGUAUUUGAAAUCUGGGUCAUCGUGAGUGCAAUACAAUUGAGCUGCGGGCGUAGGUGAAGCACUCGGACUGCUAGAACGUAUCUCGUCGCACUCGCCGGAGCAUGUAAGAGGACAAUAUUCUGAAACCUUUAGCCCUGU